CGGGCUGUCAUGAAAGAGGGGUGGAUCCUUCACGCCUAAUGGCGUCGCACUGCCAAGCUUGACGCCUAAGACAAUCGAAUCCUCCAAUCCUCCCCAUCGACUCCUCGAAUUUAUAUAAUUAUAACUUAAAAUCCAACAUUCUCUGACAGAUUUAAUAUUUACUUACCUACCUAGGUACCUAGACAUUUACCUGUACCUAUUCAUAUCGCAAGCCAUCAACCAUGGCCAUAUUCUCUGCGGGUAUCGUUUGGGAUCCCAGGGAACCACUCCCAGCUGAAUUAGGGGGGCAACCUCUUGUAUCACAUUACACUCACUCGCUGUCGCAGAAAAUCCCGCAGAAAAUACCUUCGGGAGAUGAUAAAAACAGUCAUCUAAAUAAAGAGCUCCCCGGUAAUAUCUUCAAAGAGCCCACAAGAAAUUUAUUAUCUCCCCUAUCUGUUUCAAUCAACGGAAGUGUUGUGGAUGAUGCGGCCCGAGUGACGGUAUCGCAGGUUUUCUGGAAUAAUGCCGACAUCACUAUACCCAAAGCGUCCUACAUAUUCCCCUUACCGAGUGGAUGCACCGUCACAAGCUUCAGCUGUCGGAUUGGUCGGGAUAAAACUAUAAGAGCUAAGGUCAAGCCUAAGGCUGAAGCUCGAGAGGCUUUCCGACAAGCGGUUGCGGCGGAGCGAACAGCUGCUUUACUGGAACAGAAUACUCCUGAACUUUUCACAGCCUCUCUAGGAAACAUUCCUGUGGACACAAGACUCGAGGCUGAGCUCACUUACGUUACACUAUUGAAACGGCAAUUUUCACAAGAGAAGAACAUCACAGAGUUCUCCAUACCGACAGCUAUCGCCAGUAGAUAUGGAAAUGCUCCUCCAGAUAUCCGCGGAAAUCUCUCCGGCGAAACACCUAAUUCAUUCACUCUGCAACUUGAGGUACUGGAAGCUGAAAAGAUCCUCCAAAUCAAGAGCGACACCCAUAAGAUUCAAUUAAACCAAGGUCUCGGUAAAGUCAAAGCUUCAAAUUGGGUAGAUCUUUCUGGAAAUUCCGAGUCCCCCAUAGAUUCUGCGGUGGUCAAUUUGGACUCUAGUGUGGGAUUUCUACACGAAGACUUCAUUCUUACAAUCGAAACAAACUCCCCUAGCAAGGUAGAUCAUGCCCACGCUUGGCUCGAGUCGCAUUCAUCCCUCGAGAAUCAAAAAGCUAUGAUGAUCACCAUCCCCUCCUCACUCAUGCAAGAGAGCAAUGAAACGCCUAAGACAGGGGAGGUUAUCUUCUUAGUUGACAGAUCUGGUUCCAUGCAGGACAAAAUCGAGGCAGUGAAAUCUUCCCUGCAGUUCUUCCUCAAGGGGAUUCCGGUUGGCCGAAAAUUCAACAUCUUGUCCUUCGGGUCUUCCUUUGAAAAGCUCUGGCAUAAAUCCCAAGACUACAGUUCAAAUUCCCUACAGCUAGCCUUGGAUCAUGUGGCCAACCUAAAAGCAGACAUGGGAGGUACCGAGUUGCUGCCUGCCCUCACCGAAAUGGUCGCUAGUAGAGAUACGUCGUGCCCUUGCGACAUGAUUGUAUUGACGGAUGGGGAAGUAUGGCGACUCGAAGAAACUUUAGCGCUCGUCCAGGAGACUAGAACAAACUCGCAGGGAGCAGUGCGAUUCUUUUCACUGGGUAUCGGUGCACACGUCUCACACGCGCUCGUACAAGGGAUCGCUUCACGGGGCGGAGGUUAUUCUGAGGUUAUUUCGAAAGCGAGUACAGGUGGCUGGGAAGAUCGUGUUGUGGCUAUGCUGAAAGCAGCCCUCACAGCCCACGUUAAGACUCUGGGAAUCAAGCUCAACGGAAAGGAUAAUUAUGGCCAACUUUUGGCAUCGCCGGCUGAGUUUGGGGACCUUAACCCCUUUCAAGGAAACAGGGUAUAUUUACUCUCCAAACCCGACUUACCAUUGGACGAGUUAAGAAGUGUGGUUGUCGAGACCAUUAAGUCCAACGGCGAGACAGAGUCCACUACUAUCGCCGUGACGAAACUAAUGCAACCCGAUACAAUGAUUCAUAAUCUUGGAGUAAAAUCUAUCGUGGAUGACGUAGGGUAUCCUGGAAAACAGACACUCUCGUUGGAUCAGGCAACAGAGCUAGCUUGCAGGUUCUCUCUUGCAUCUAAAUGGACGAGUUUCUUCCUUGAACAGGACAACCCUGCUCCUAAGGUAGAGGACAAAAACAUCCAGGUGCAUGAUUCCGCCGAUGAUCUAGACGAUCUACUUCAACCACGAGGUAUCGUACGAGAUGAAACGUCAGACGCUAUUAGACAACUUAAGCGAUACCCAGCAAACGCAAAUUACGAUAAUGAAUUUUUGGAAUCUAUGUACGAUCCUUGCAUCGAGGACUUCUCUCAAAUCGGUCUUCCAGCCGAGAUGCGAUCCAUGGACUUCGAUAAUACUUGUUCCAUAUCUCGUACCAUUGUACCUAUAGGAUACUCUGAAUCAAAACGUGAGGCCGUCUAUUAUGAAAAGAAAUCAAGAAAGGCAUUACUGCCAGUAUUCAACUGGAGGUCGCUUAUACCGUCUAUAGGAACAUCGCGAGCGAGAAGGAAAAUGGCAUCUGGGAGAUUGUUCCACAAGAUGAGGAAAAUAAUUCCAGAAUCCGACAACAGCGAUGAGCUCGAUAAGAAUACAGUGGAUCUUCAGAGGGAAUUUGUGGCGAAACUUCUCUCCUACCAAAAUUUCAACGGGAGCUUCGACGCCGAUACGAAGUCCAUUCUAGGAUCAUCGAUGGCCAAAGCAGUCCAAGAAAUUCAAGAACACGCGCUAAAGAGUAGUAUCAUUAAGGAUUAUACGGAAGCAGGUAUCCUUACUAUCACAGCUAUCGUCGUCGUCCUUCUCGAGCGAGACCUGCAAGCCUGCAAAGACCUCUGGGGUCUCAUGGCAAUGAAGGCUACUAAUUACGUUUCUAGCCUUGCGUCGGAUGAAUCCAAGAGAAAUGGGUUAUAUGACUUUGCAAAGAAGCAACUAACUGGCAAAACGCUGGAAAUGGAGGGCGCGAAGGCGAGGUCUACUAACCAAGCAACGGCAGGUGUCAAAGAUCCCGAUGACCAGCAGCCAGAGCGAAGUGUGGUGAAGGUCGCCCCUUUUGAGUAAAGGGCUGAGAGAGAAGUUUCUACUCUCCAACUUUCAACUGAUCGUCGCGACAGAUAUAUUGAUUCAAAUAGGAAGUGGGCUUGUAUGGAAGGGGCCAGGAUGGCUGGAAAGGCGUUCAAUCAAAUGUAGUCUCUUGACAGUAUCCGAUCCGACUACAAUAGCCGGAUCAUUCACUCCUUUCACAUGAUCUUCUCACAUACAGAAUUCCUCCCCUAAGUAGAAGUGAAUUGUGGGAUAAAUCACAUGUACCUGGUAGGUAUUCAUCUCGAGGUAGGUACACAAAACCCCUAACCCCUAUUCCUCCCUCGCUAUCUCAAACACAUCUCACGAUAAACUAGUAGGAAUAUGUCAUUUAACAUGUAUUCUCAACGAAAGCCUACAAAUGCUCUGUACACUAAGUAGGUAGGUAGGUGCUAUAUCCUAUAUCCUACUAAUGAGUCCCAUUAGUCUUACCCUCCCUCUCUUUCAAC